UGGUAAGAGGGGAGAUGCAAACCAAAGCAAAUACCAUCACAGAGAGAGGUCGAGAGAUGGCGACAAAUAGGAUGGCAGUGGCGAUCAUGGUGCAGUUGCUGGCAACGGCGGCGGCGGCGGCGGCGAAGUCGUCGGAGCCGGCCCUUACCGGCAGCAGUAUCUCCGCCGCCGACGACGACCUGGCGUCGAAGGUGGGGAUAAGGAGGCUCCUUCAGGACGGCGGCGACUGCAUCCCUAACUACAAUGUUUGCUGCAGCAACUGCGGCUGGCCGUUCGAACGGACCAAUUGCUGCGACCCGGACAACUACGUGUGCCAGUACUGGCCGGAAAUGGAUCCAGCACAUGGCCAGGACUGGUGCAUUCCUCGCAAUUACUGGAGUACUUCCUCCCCAUAAUGUUUGUUCAGUUUUAUAUCUUCACAAUUUGAUUUUUUUUUGAAGAGAGAGUAAGCCUUAAGGCCAUGGAAAACGGUCCGUUCUGUUAACGUGAUCGCCCGAAUCAAAACUCCAUUUUUAGCUAAUAAUUGGCCGUAUCCCAUUUAAUCGUCUGAAUAAUCAUUCACAUGUUAUACUUGAUGGGUAGUAUUUGGGACCUUUUUUAGUAUUAUUUUUUUCUACAUAUUUUGUUUUACUUAUUCAAUAUAAUAUAACAAAACAUGUCGCUGUUUGGUGAAUAAAUGUCGCUGUUUUCUACA